UAAAUGUUUUGAUAUCGUACCUUAUGUUGGCAUUAGUGUAAUAUCAUGUCAAAUGUUAAAUAUUCUACUGCUAGUAACACUUUGUUUUAGUAUUUAUUGGUGGAAUAGUCGUAGCGUAGAAUAGUCUUAGAUUGUACAGAAGUGGAUAUUAAAUAUUUGGUGCUUUCUACCGAAGAAAGAAGAAAAAAUGAAAGCUUUUGUAGUAUAUUUUAUCUUUCUAAUACUACAACAUGCAACAAGUCUUGACACAUCAACAGUCAAAAUAACAUCAACAGAAAAUCACCCGAGCAAUGAUUUGCCUACAACUGACAAUCCCUCCACAGAGAGUAAUGCAUUGCCCAUGAUUGCUGGCUCGGAACAGCCUGUUGGACCCGAUACAUACGACUUUUUAAACACUCCAGCUAUACUUAUAGAUGCGCCAAUGGACAUUUCCACGACAACGGACGCUACAACAACGACCAUCAAGCCCAUUGAUAACCCUGUCGUUGAUCCGUUUGCCUUUUACCUUACGGCAACAUGCUGUGAUCUCCGUCGAUGUCAUACAAAUAUGGAUUGUAUAAAUUACGAAGAUCGAUGGGGGUGCAGAUGCGAGUUGAGCAGCGUCCAAAAGAUUCAGAGAAUGAAAAAAGCCCGCAUGGUGAUGGCAAGGAUGGGCCUCAUAGAAUAUUUUGAGCCUUACACUGGCGAUGAAUAAACACAAACGAUGAA